AUGGGUUAUUUAAAUACUUCUUGCAUUAAAUAUCUUCAGUUUAAUUUCUUUUUAUAAUAUCUUUUUAUAUUUAUUUAAUUUUAAAAUUUUUAUUAUGUAUUUAAUUUAUAAAAUAUACUUAAUAUCUAAUUUAUUAUAUUAAGUAAUAAAUUAAUAUAUUUAUUUUCUAUAAUAUUUUGGCCACUGUAAUCAUGAUAGUCGAGUCUUGUGUUACAGUGUUAAUAAAAUUUCAAGAUGUUCAUAUAACACACAUAAUAUAUUUAUAAAAGUCCUUAUAAAUAUUCAAAUAUUUCUGCGAGCUUGAUUCACAAAUUAAUAUCAUACAUAAAUUGAUAUAUGUUUCGUACAACAUAAUUAAUUACUUAUUCUUAUCUAAUUUAUCUUAUCUAAUUUAAAAGACAUUGAAAUUAAAUUCAACGAGACACAAACGUUGAUAGACACAAUUUGAUAAUUAGUGUAUAAGUAUAUACUUAUCAAAGAUCUUUCAUCCUGGAGUGACCAUCAGCAAUCACAUUGCUGUUUCGUAUCAAUUAAAGCAGAAAAUUAUCGGUUGCCCUCUAACAUAUAAAAUCACUGCAACAUGCGAAUCUCUGUCAGUAGCAUCCGCUAAGUAACUACAUACUGUUGAAUUUGUUUUUCAGGAAGCUUAGCUAAAAAUAAAUACUGCACCGCGAAGAUGAUUUACGCGGGUAUCGCGUUCUUCUUGUCAUUGUUACUGUUCGUGAUUGGUUUCUCCGUAGGGUUGAGUAUUGGCAACUUCAAAGGAAGCGAUGCUCUCGACACGGCACCACUUAUCGAUGGUCACAAUGAUUUGCCUUACAACCUGUACGAGUUACUCAACAACAAUUUGGACACGUUCAACUUCACGCGAAAUUUGAGCGACGAUGCACUGUGGGGUUUCAAUGCAUGCAGAACAUGCCAUACAGAUCUUCCCCGACUGAGAAAAGGAAAAAUAGGUGCACAAUUCUGGGCCGCCUACGUUCACUGUAAGUCGCAAUUUAAAGACGCAGUACCGCUUACACUGAGACAAAUCGACGUUAUCAAAAGAUUAGUCGCUAAAUAUCCGAAAGAUUUGCAAUUCGCAACGAAAGCCAAACAUAUCGAAGAAGCAUGGAGUAAUGGAAAAAUUGCUUCGUUGAUUGGUGUCGAAGGAGGUCACUCCAUUGACUCUAGUUUGGCUGUUCUCCGGCUCUACUACGAACUCGGUGUGCGUUACAUGACGCUCACCCACAUGUGCAACACACCAUGGCUGUGGUCCUCGAAAUGAAUCGGUUAGGAAUGUUGGUCGAUUUAGCGCAUGUGUCCCAUAACGUUAUGAGGGAGACACUCGCAGUAACGAAAGCUCCUAUCAUUUUCUCCCAUUCAUCUGUCUUUAGCCUUUGUCGCAACUAUCGUAACGUACCUGACGAUGUUCUUCACAUGGUUAUUGCCAGAGGGUUUGGAAGACGUUUCUAAAUACCCGGAAUUAUUCGAUCGCCUGUACGAAAGCGAUGUGACCCCACGAUGGACCAAAGAGGAACUUGAAAAAUUAGCCGGCAGAAAUUUGAUCCGUGUAUUAAAAGCUGUGGAAGAAGUGAGCGAUUCAUUGAUAAACUCGGAACAGCCACGACAAGAUUCCAUAGACGCACGAGAAAUUUAUGAAACUGAAAAAGAGAAUCAUCUUCAACCAGGUUUAUGUAACACCGCGAAAAAAUGGAAUGAUUGGAAAGCGACAAAUUUAGUUAAUACGACACUUAUUUAAAGAAAGAAGACGUGAUGUUAACAUGUAAAAUCAAACUGUGAGUAAUAAAAAUAUAAAAUAUCGUAAAGUUACUUACAAAAAUAUGUAUAUUUAUAUCCUUAGGUCCUUUAUCCUUUUUUUUUAAUAAAAAUGUUUACCAAAAGUUCUAUCAACACGUUAUUGUAAAACUAUAUGUUUAUUUAUGUAAUUUUAUUGUACAGCAAUCAUAACGUACAAGAAUGCAUUAUUAUACAUUUAUCUAUGUACGCACACGUAAUUUCACACAUUAAACGACAUACAUAAAUAAAAUAUUAAGUUAUCAUUUGCAAAAUAUCUCCACUUUUUAAACGUUUGAAAUGUAUAAAUGUAUAAAUUUAAUAUAUUACAAUAAAUACACUGUAAACAAUAUAAUUUAUUUUUAAUCUAAUAAUAUCAUUAUCAACUGAUUUUUACUCUAUUUUCCAUUCCAUUAUUUAAUGAAAUGAGCUCCUGCGAUUUUUGCAUUCUGUUUGUAUAAGCAAUAAAGCUUUUCCUAGAAACAAACAGACAUUCAAGAAUGUUUAAUUACAAAAUUUGUAUUGCAUGUAUUACUACAAAUUAUUACAAAUUAACGUUUAUACUAACCACUGACUUUUUUUCGCAAUCGGAUAUAUUUUAGGUGGCGGGAAACCAUUGAACGAA